UAAGAACAGCCAUGUCGCAGCUGUUAUGAGCAAGACAUGGACAUCGCCGUUCCCUCAGGUUGCGCACCAACUCGCACUAUGCUUUCCUGACAUCAAUGUUCCUCGGCAGACCCGAGAAAAAGGCCCGAGGAAAUGGGUACCCCGCUAUAGCAUCGUCUUGGCCGAUCAGAAAUCCAUCUGCAACAACAUUCUUGCUGCUUGCGCUGCGGGGCUCCAGAUGCGGAGCUCGCACUAUUGGCUCUCGUCGUCCAGACGAUCUGCGCUCAUAUAACGGCAUGUUACACGCAGCGCCAGCAUGCUUAGUCGAUCCGCGCUUGUUUCUUGCCAUUGCUCCUUUCUAUGGCGUCCUCAUCCAGUGCAUCACUCUCAGUGAAGAAGGACCUGACGGAAGAGCAUGAGCAUAUCGAGGAGCAGCCUGUUGAAGCUGCCAGCAUCAGCGAAGACGAAGAGUUUGGCGGCACAGAAGCACGUAGAAAGCUGGAAAAGAAGUUGCUCAGGAAGCUGGACGCACGUAUAUCUAUUCUCAUUGUCAUCUAUAUCCUCAACUAUAUCGACCGAAAUAAUGCCUCUGCCGCCCGACUGCGCGGAUUCGAAGAAGACCUCCACCUUACUGGCGAACAGUUCGACACGCUCCUGAGUAUUCUCUACGUUGGGUAUAUUUUGAUGCAGGUGCCUUCUAAUAUGCUUUUGAACUAUAUCGGCAGGCCCUCAGUGUACCUACCGUGCUGUAUGAUUAUUUGGGGGAUGAUAUCCUGCCUCACAGGCGUGACUACCGACUUCGUCGGCGCACUCCUCACGCGAUUUUUCCUCGGCUUCGUCGAGGCUGCCUUCUUCCCCGGCGCGCUCUUCCUUCUCUCCAAGUGGUACACGCGUGCCGAGCUCGGCGUGCGCACCGCGCUUCUCUCCUGCGGGAGCCUCAUCAGCAAUGCAUUCGGCUCACUCAUCGCGAGCGGCAUCCUCGACAGCAUGCAGGGCAAGUUAGGGCACUCAGCAUGGCGAUGGCUCUUUUACAUCGAGGGCUCGCUCACGGUCUUCGUUGCCAUUGUGGCUAUCUUCGUGCUGCCCGAUUUCCCCGCCACUUCGCACACGUGGCUGAGCCCACUUGAAGUGCGCCUCGCCGAGAAGCGCAUGGAGGAGGACGCGGGCGUCGGCGAUGAGGACCCCGUCGCCAAGUCGGACGGUCACUCGCACACCCAGCUCGAGGGCCUGCAGCUCGCACUGAGCGACUGGAAGGUGUGGCUCCUCGCACUUGCACUGACGAGCAUGGUCGUCUCGCUCUCGUUCAACGCGUUCUUCCCGACGCUGACGGCGACGCUUGGCUUCGACACGACGGUCACAUUACUUUUAUGUGCGCCGCCGUGGGCGCUUGCGACGAUAGUUGCAUUCGCGGUGGCGAGACACUCGGAUAAGGUGGGCGAGCGAUUCUGGCACAUCGCGAUCCCGCUGUUCUUUGGCAUCGUCGGAUUUAUCAUUGCCCUGUCCACGAUGAACACCGCUGCGCGAUACGUAUCUCUGUGCGCGACUUUCUGUUUCAUUUCGGACGUGCAUUCAUGCAAGCUGCAUGAACCUUGCAGGUUCCUAAUGGCUCAGUCGUAUGCGGGCUUCAUUACCUUCCUCGCCUGGGUGAGCAAUUCGAUACCGCGGCCGCCCGCGAAGCGCGCCGUCGCGCUCGCCUUCAUCAACGCGUUCUCGCAGCUCGGGAAUAUCGCCGGCUCGUACGUGUGGCCAUCGAAAUGGGGACUUUCGUACCGCUACUCGUAUGCAAUUUGUAUUGCGGCAAACGGGAUGUGCAUCGUGCUGUGCUACGCAUUCAAGAGGCACUUAGAGCGGCUGAACGCGCGGAUGGAGAGGGAGGAAGCGGAGGGGCGUGCCAGAGGGUUCCGGUACUUGACGUGAAUAGAUCGAUGAACUUCUAUAUACGACUACAUGACGAUAUGCACGACACGAAUGUGCAUUGAGAACGCAGAUAGGGAGUGCGAAACUGGU